GACAAAUUAUUAGACUUGUUUAAGCAAAAGUUUUAUAAACAUGCACAGAUUAAUAUUUGGCUGUGUAGAAUAUAUUUUUCUUCUAAAAUGACAUUCUUCCAAUAGUAAAAAAUGAACAAAGUAACAAAUAACGAAUUCGACAUUUAUUUCAUCGGCAUCAAAGUACAUGUAUAGACAAAUUCUAUUUUGAUGUUCCACAUUAUUCUAUCUACCAGUUUCCACUAGAAAUUUAUGAUUAUUUGUUCUAAAUUUACAAAAUUAACAAUAUAGACAUCACUAAAGCAACUUUUUAAAUUCACUGUUCGUAUGUUGAUCUGUAAGCGAUGUUUUGUGACAUACCGAUAUACAUUGUAUAGACAUAAUAUCGCUAUAUACGUUCAGAGUUUAUCUAGCGACACACAAUUAUAGACACACGUUUUAUAAUUAACUGAAAUUCGUUUGUUCAGCAGGGAUUUUACUGAGUCAGACGUUCGGUGUUUUGGCCUACUGUCCGGGACUGAACCACACUUCACAAACUGCAGAAGUACGAGGUAUAUGUGGAAAUGAUGUGGAUUCUUGUGCUGCAAGGGAAACCAACCCCGGUCCUGUACAGACUUUUAACAGAGGCGUGAAGUUGACGCUGUGGAAGAAAGCUAAAAAAAUGGACAAGUUAUUUAACUCGCUGUAUGACCGAUUGAGGCCUUCUCCAACCGUGGAAUGUCACUCGUGCAUGGAGACGUUACUUCCUCAUAGCCUUCCUCAUGGGAAUGUCACAGAACAGCAGAUGGAAGAAAGUUUAUCAGCGGACUAUUACAUGUUAGCUAAAGUCGUGGCAGCUAUGAUCCGGAUGCGGGAAGAUUGUGAACAAUUUCGGAACACACAUCGUCAUAUUGAAUCGGCGGAGAUCAAAGCGAAGCAGCUGAUGUGUCAGGUGGGACAUUCUCUGUCAAUUCUAGGAGGUGAUUUUCCAUGCGAGCCUCUCAAUCCUGUCCUGAUGCCAUGGUGUCAAAUAGACAACUGCCUCGACUGGACUGAGCGCAACUACUUAGUUAUGGAUAAACUUAUCAGUACUUCCCAGGCGAUGAAGAGCAAGUUUAGACGUGUAGUAUCCAGUCACGUGAUUCGCUGUACCAAUUAGUGUUCAGAAUGUCUAUCGAAGAGAUGUUUUCAUGAAAUACAAUAUUCAAUUCCGAUACCAAAAAUCUUCUACCAAUAAAGUUCUUUGGUAUACUUCGAGUGUCCAAUAGGAUGUUCCUGAAUAUUUUGCAAGCAAAAAGCGUUGAUAACGAAACUACAUUAAUCCGUAUUUAUUUUGACAUAUUUUUUUUAUUUUAACACCUGGAAUAAUCAAUAUUGUUGGUCCGGAGGGGAAUAUUACAUUGUGCCAAAACCAUGUACUUGUAUGUUUAUAUUGUACCUCUUCUAUAUAUAGUUAUACGUUCAAAAUGUUGUUUUAGUUGGGUGAUUAACAUUUUACAUAUUUUUCUUGCCAAAUACUCAAUUUUCACCUCUUUAGGAUGAUGGUUUUCAGAAUUUAUUUUAUAAUAAAAAGAUGCAGCUGUUUGCACCGUGUUUUACUUUAUGUAUCGACCUGCUGAUAACAAAAGACUGAUAAAUGGUACUGACACUGUUUAUAGAAAGAAAUGACAAUAAAUGUUACGGAAUGAACUUUGAGCUGGUAAUAAAAAUGACUGAAAAAUGGCAAGGGAUGAACUUUCACUUACUAAUAGAAAAGACUGAUAAACGGCACGGGCACUGCUCAUGGAAAGAACUUUCACCUGCUUAUAGAAAUGGCACGGGAUGAACUUUGACUUGUACAUAAAAAGGAAUGAUGAUAAAUGGCACGAGAUGAACUUUCACUUAUAAAUAAACAGGAAUGAUGAUAAAAGGCACGGGAUGAACUUUGACAUGUAAAUAAACAGGAAUGAUGAUAAAUGACACGAGAUGAACUUUGACUUGUAAAUAAACAGGAAUGAUGAUAAAAGGCACGGGAUGAACUUUGACAUGUAAAUAAACAGGAAUGAUGAUAAAUGGCACGGGAUGAACUUUGACAUGUAAAUAAACAGGAAUGAUGAUAAAUGGCACGGGAUGAACUUUGACAUGUAAAUAAACAGGAAUGAUGAUAAAUGACACGAGAUGAACUUUCACUUGUAAAUAAAAAGGAAUGAUGAUAAAUGACACGAGAUGAACUUUGACUUGUAAAUAAACAGGAAUGAGGAUAAAUGGAACGGGAUGAACUUUCACUUGUAAAUAAAAAGGAAUGAUGAUGAAUGGCACGGGAUGAACUUUCACUUGUAAAUAAACAGGAAUGAUGAUAAAUGACACGAGAUGAACUUUGACUUGUAAAUAAACAGGAAUGAUGAUAAAUGGCACGGGAUGAACUUUGACUUGUUAAUAAACAGGAAUGAUGAUAAAUGACACGAGAUGAACUUUCACUUGUAAAUAAAAAGGAAUGAUGAUGAAUGGCACGGGAUGAACUUUCACUUGUAAAUAAACAGGAAUGAUGAUAAAUGACACGAGAUGAACUUUGACUUGUAAAUAAACAGGAAUGAUGAUAAAUGGCACGGGAUGAACUUUGACUUGUUAAUAAACAGGAAUGAUGAUAAAUGACACGAGAUGAACUUUGACUUGUAAAUAAACAGGAAUGAUGAUAAAUGGCACGGGAUGAACUUUCACUUGUAAAUAAACAGGAAUGAUGAUAAAUGACACGAGAUGAACUUUCACUUGUAAAUAAAAAGGAAUGAUGAUGAAUGGCACGGGAUGAACUUUCACUUGUAAAUAAACAGGAAUGAUGAUAAAUGACACGAGAUGAACUUUGACUUGUAAAUAAACAGGAAUGAUGAUAAAUGGCACGGGAUGAACUUUGACUUGUAAAUAAACAGGAAUGAUGAUAAAUGACACGAGAUGAACUUUUACUUAUAAAUAAAAAGGAAUGAUGAUGAAUGGCACGGGAUGAACUUUGACAUGUAAAUAAACACGAAUGAUGAUAAAUGGCACGGGAUGAACUUUCACUUAUAAAUAAAAAGGAAUGAUGAUGAAUGGCACGGGAUGAACUUUCACUUGUAAAUAAACAGGAAUGAUGAUAGAUGGCACGGGAUGAACUUUCACUUGUAAAUAAAAAGGAUUGAUUAAAAAUGGCACGGGAUGAACUUAUAUGUUACAGACUAGCAUCCGUGUAAUUACGUAAACGUAUCAUGCAAAAUAUAAUUGUAACGUGAAUAUGAGAUGAAUUUAUGUAAAUAUUGAUGAUUACACGAAAUAUAAUGGUAAGUAAAUAAAACGAAAUUACUCAAUUUACUCAUGAUGUAAACUAUAGAGUUUCCGAUAAGGUGAAUACGAAACAAUGGAAGCGAUGAUUAUGUUAAUAUAGCAUUUACUCAAAUAAUGUUUAUUAUAACACGGAGUGUAAUGAUGGGAAACUAUCACCGUAUAGUAAUGUAAUUUUAUGCUCUAGGCCAAUGUAGAUAUA